AGCCAACCACUUCAACCAUAUUCUACCAGUGAUCUCAUUAUUAGCAUCUGGCACAUUCUUUCUGCAGUAUGACCCCCACUUUCUAUUUCAUUCACAACUUUAGUUCUCUACCUUCCUUGUCCCUCCUGAUAUGCACUUCUUAUUUACACCUCAAUUUCCUCAUUCCUAGCAUAUAAUUGGCACACAACGAUCAUAGUCCAACAACGUUAACGCUUCUCUCCCAGGUAGAAGAUAAUCUAUUUGCCUGGAAAUGGGCAAGAAAGGAAAUGGUAAUUGGUUUUCCACAGUGAAGAAGGUCUUUAUUAAACCUUCUUCUAAGGAUUCGCCAGCAGAUCAUAAAAAGAAGGAAAAUUUAGACAAGAAAUUGCAACUUGAAGCACGAGAAGCUGUGUCAGUUGAACAAUUUCCAGCAGGGAGUUGUUCAGAUCUUUCCAAGAAUGUAGAGAGCAACGACAAGUCAUCAUCUCCGUUGGUUGAAGAUCGAAAUCAUGACAUCCAUGUCAUCGUAGCGAGCGCAGCAGCAGCAGCUUAUGCGGCCCUGAAAGUUGUCACAAUAGACGGAUAUAACUGCACUCACUUCAAAGAGGAAAGGGCUGCCACCCUUAUUCAAUCAUAUUACAGGGGAUAUCUGGCAAGACGCGCUUUGCGUGCCCUGAGGGGAUUGGUGAGGCUGCAAGCGCUAGUGAGGGGACAUAAUGUACGCAAACAAGCGCAGAUGACAAUGCGAUGUAUGCAAGCAUUAGUACGCGUGCAGUCAAGAGUACGUGGACGAAGACUCCAGUUGGUUCACGAAAAGCUUCAGAGCAAGCUGGAAGAAGUGAAAUUACGCUCGAAUAGAGAACCCAAGUGCAAGAACAACAGCCUGUUUAAGAAACUAGAGAUGGAAGACAUGGAUAACAGGAACCAAAGCAUUGAAAAGAUGCUUGAAGUUACCAGGAGAAAACAACAUGCUGAAACCAAAAGGGAAAGAGCUCUUGCUUGUGCUUAUCAGCACUCUGAUCCACAUGUUGAGGAAGAUGAUGACGAAUUUUGUGGCAAUGAGCAUGAACAUGCACAACGAGGUUGGAAUUGGCUUGAGAGAUGGAUGGCUUCUCAAUCCUCUCAAUACUCGCAACAUGUGCCACGAGAGAACUCCUAUGUGACAUUGUCCACCACAGAUGACAUGUCAGAGAAGACAAUAGAAAUGGAUCUAGUCAACCCAUUCGGCUCAGAAGCAAUCAACUUAGCCCAUCACAUUGUCAAUCCAGCUGAAAGAAGCCCAUAUUCACCCCGGCAACACCGUCAGUCCAACAUGGAUUGUGUCCCUAGCUACAUGGCUCCAACUCAAUCUGCAAAAGCAAAAGUAAAGAGUCCAGGCCCAUUAAAGCCUCGAAGCCCACCAAUGGCCCAAUGGAAUGCACCAGUGAAGAAGGGAACAGACCGUAGAUGGAGCUAUGACUCAUCUGCAAGAAGCCCGAACCCGAAAACUGCUGCUCAAUGGAUGGCGACAUAUAGCCCAGAAACAAGUGCACCAAUGGGAGGUCCUGCUUGCAGAUAUAAUUUUAGUUAGAUACUUUUUGCAGCAAAUAAAAAGCACAAUAAUGGUGUUUCCAACCUAUUUUGAUUUAAGGAAAAUAAACUUUAACUAUAAAUAAAAUAUGAAGAAACAAGAAUUUUAUUAAUAAAGAAUAUGAGUACAAUUUUGUUCC